AUGAGCCCAAGUUCACCAAAAGCGGCCUCAGUUAGCACGCUCAUAUUCUCUGGCGGCGAAUUUGGAAGCGACUACUCAUACGAAACCCAAAUAUGUGAAGGCGAGCGCCUGGCAGAGCCUUCCAACUUGAACUACGAUCGGGAGACAGGAGAUGCAUCUGACAAGAAGGUCGUCAAUAUAUAUGUCCAACUUUUUGAAGAUAUGCUCAGGACUUUGGUAGAGACUGAGGGUCAUUUAUUCGACCUUUCAGAACUCGAUUAUUUCCAGAGAUACGACAGACUUUCGUCUAGCGCAAAGUUUCUUAUGACGAAGCUUCUCCUGCGAAAACCCAAUACAUGGCACCGUCUAGACUCACUCAAAUAUGAAGCUGAAAUAGGCAGCAAAGAAGGGCUUAUUCAAGCUAUCAAUGAGAUGUGCUUUGUGCCAGGUCAAAUGAAAGUGGACGCUAUAGACGAAAGGGCCACUAACAUGAGCGUAGAAAGGGAAAUAAUAGACCUCACGGAUGAUGUCUACCCACCACAUUACCUACCUUCACACAUUCUUCAACCUCAGGUAAUACCUACACUGCACCUGCAUCAACCCGCACUACCAGAACCCUCCACUAUCAAGACUGAGGAAAUUCCAAUGUCCCUAGAUGCAACGCUCUCUGCUGCAAAUGCUCUUGCUGGUCCCUCUUCUAUAAAGCUUAAAGACCUUCCUAUGGCUGACACCAAGCUUAUGAACUAUGUUGAAACACUCCCAGAGCCCGCAGGUAUCCUAGCAGAAGACGAGUCUCAAAUGGACCUUCCUGCCCUCCUUGAGUGCCUCAGAGUCGACGAACUACGGUGCAUCGCGAAGCAGAUGCGUGUCAAAGCUAGUUCAAAACCAUUUUCCGACAAGCUACCCUCCCUUUCGGUCGCGAGACAGCCCAGAAACGACUGCGCGAUAUUGUUCUCGGCACGCUCGGCAAGUGCGUGCGUGUACAUGAGAGCUUUUACCGAUUAUCUUCUUCUGCCCGCCCUGCUCUCGCGGUUUAAGAAGCGUUCCUACGCAAGCAUAGCCUUCAUACGUACAAAGGAUAUCUGGCCUACACGUGAUGCCCUUCUCGCUUACGAACAAGCGCUUGAGCAGGAAGAAAUUGUAGAUGCCAUGUUCGACGGGAACUUUGCAGUGGCGGGAGCCGAGAGGGAAUUCAAGACUCCAGCCGCAGAUGAACUCCGAUUCAAGACACCAGUCACGCCAAAUGCUGCACCUGGAGCACCGCAGACACCGAUUUCUACGAAGACUGUGCCGAUCCCUGUGUCAAGUACCUUUACAACACCUGCUUCAAAUGGCAAGGGCAAGCCGCAAUCUAGAUCUGGUGUGACUGUCAAGAUUGAGAGUUCAGACUCUGUGCGUGUGCGUGGGGCGCGACUAGUGAAAGAGAUCUUUGAGGAGGUGUACCCGCACUGGCAGGCUCUGGUGAAGAUGAAGAGUGAAGGUGGUCUUGAGGGGAAAGAGAGGGGGUAUGGAUUGGAGAGGUUUGAGAGCGGGCAUGUCCUAACUCGCCUCGUUUGUAAAGGCGCGCAUGCACUCGGUAUCCUCGGGGAAUAUGAAUAUGAACUCAGUGUUCUCGAGUCCCUACUUGCGCAGAAUUGGUGGCGUCGCGGACGACGGGGGAGGUGGCACGAGCGCCGGGUGCUGAUCCUAGGGAGAUACGUAGCCAGAGAUGAUGACGCGCUUUCGGCGUGUCUCGAUGCUCUAGAAGACGAUGAUACACAUAUUGCUAGCUGUCGCAUCCUGACUGAUCACUCGAUAGUCUUUCGUCCCAAACUUGACCGCCGCUUGACAGCCCUUGAGAAAAAACUCAAAGUUGAUCCUGCAGAUCGACAUACGAGCGAAUGGAACCUCCAACCCCCUGUGCUGGUCUCCCUUGAAGCGAGUUUAAAACUCGACCGUUCUGGGAGGAAAAUCAACGACACUGCCAAACAGAAAGUUUCUAUUACACCAGCAGGAGACAUCACUAAAUUUUUGUCGCCACAAAAGCCUGGUUUUACAAAAGUGAAUGCGACGCCUGUCUCGAUCAAAGUCGAAACCAGGGAAUGGAAAGAGGAGAAAGGAAAGUCCAUCUGGGUCGGACGAGACAACCUAGAAGUGAAUGUCGAGACACUCGCACUACAAUGGUACGAGGACCAGGGGUUCAAAGGCAUACACUCAGAAACUAGAAUCAUCACUACCCUCUUUGGUAUUCUCUUCUGGGAUAUCAUCUUCCUCCCCAUCCCCGGUGCCUUCGAGACCCCUUUCCAGACUGCACCAUUGGAUAUGGCGGAAGACUCAUUUUAUCAUGCUCGACGAGAUCCCAUCGAAAUAAGGCUCAAGGAACUCGAGGAUGGACAAGGAGAGGAAAUUGUGAACCGAGUAGAAGCAGAGCAUAAAGCGCGCAAGACAUGGUGCGUAGGUGUAGAUUGGGAGUUGGUAGAGGAAGGGGAGAUCGUAGAGAUAGUUCGUACUAUGCUGGGCGCUGCUCAGGCGGGCCAGAUCUCUUUGUAUGGAAUGCGGAUACAGGGAAAUGCAAGUUCGUCGAAGUUAAGGGCCCAGCUCUGGAUCGACGUCCUUCUCCGAGCCGGAGCAGCAGUAGAGUUGUGUUCAGUUCAUGAGAAGGGAAAGGGGGAUAAGCACAAGACAGGGAAGAAGGGGAAAUCGAAGGAAAGCACGAAGAAGCGACGAGGCAAAGCCAAGAGUACUGACGAAUCCGACUCCGAAGAAGAGCAGGUGCAGCGCAUGUGCGAAUCUGAGGAUGACGCUGAUGCUCUGCCCGUUGCAUCACUCCCCGCGCGCAUGAACGACGUUCAAGACGAAGGAACUUCUUCUAGACACUCUACUCGCUCACAAUCCUCCGCAUACACUCCAACACCGAGUCGUAUGCCUGCAGCUGCUAUUAUCGAACCAUCAACUCCCAAGAAGCGCAAGUUCAUCGCCGAAAUCGUUAUUUCCACCCCUAGCCCCAGGAAGAAGAUCAAGUUCUCGCAGAACAGCGACAGUCCCGAAGUUUGA